AUGUCUCGUGAGGCACUCCUCCCCAAGCCGGGCGCCUAUCUCACCUUCCCCGCCUCUGAGUCGCAACGCCACCCGGAAAAGCACUCUGACAACAACGCCGUGAUACGCGACACCAUCAUCGGUUUCGCCGAUGGGUUGACCGUCCCCUUCGCUCUGACUGCUGGCUUGUCCUCCAUUGGUUCCACUCGGCUGGUGAUCUUGGGCGGUCUUGCCGAGCUCUUCAGCGGUGCCAUCAGCAUGGGCCUGGGCGCGUAUUUGGCCGCAGUGACGGAGAGCAAGACGUACCAAGUCGAAGAGGCACGGGAGAGACGCGAGGUAGAGCAGAUGCCGGAGGCUGAAGAGGAGGAGAUUUACGAGAUCUUCGACGAGUAUAACAUUUCAAGGGAGACAGUUCGUCCGGUAGUCGAGGCCCUGAGGCAGGACAAGGAGAUGUGGGUCAAGUUCAUGAUGGACUUUGAACUCAAGCUUGAGAAGCCGGCACUGAACCGGGCGUGGAUUUCAGCACUGGUAAUGGGUCUGUCCUACUUCCUUGGUGGACUGGUGCCGAUGCUUCCGUACUUCUUCCUCAACAACAUCCACCAUGCGCUGUUUACCUCGAUCGCCAUCACUGUCGUUGUUCUGCUUAUCUUCGGUUACGUCAAGGCAAGCGCGACUAGCUGCCCAAGGAAGACGUGUUGGUACAGCGCGUUCCAGACGCUGCUUGUUGGGGCACUAGCGGCGGCAACCAGUUACGCCAUCGUACGCGGGGUGGACUCGAUGAAAGCCGGUGAAGACUAG